AUGGUUCAGGCUGAGCGCAAGAUUCCUGGAACAUCAACCUGUUACCUCACCACCAACCAAUCAGAAGAAGUCACACAACCCUGCAGCCCUCACCCCAAAUUUUGCCUAGAUUUUCAAAGUGUGGUACCUGCCCCAGCAACAUUAGCAUUAUCUGAGAACUCUUGCAAAUUCUCAGAGACCUCCGUGGAUCUGCAUUCUGCAGAUGAACCCUCAAGUUGGCAGGCACACCUGAGGCCCUCUACCCAGUCAGCUCACCCCUGCUCGAGGGACGACGCUGAGAACAAAGGGCUCCACCUGAGCCGGCCCCCAGGCCCCAUCCGGCACGGCGGUACCAAGCCCCGCACCCCCUGGGCAGGCCCGGUGGCUCGGCUUAUCUGGAAGUCCCUGCAGAGAGAACGAUUAUUUUACCCAUGUCUGGCUAUUUCAUUUUGCAUGUCUGUGCUUUUGCUGUUUGUGUGGAUAGAAUCCUCAAACGAAUACUUUGGCUUUGACUGGGUCAUUUUUCUAGGUACAGGAUUCUGGUUCUUCUGGUCCAUUGUCUUGCUGAGUUUUUUUGGGAUCCUGGCUGCCUACACAUCAUUGCUCUUGGUACUUGGAUGUUUGUUGCUUUGGGAGGGGAUAGAAUUGUACCUGCACUGGUGUCAUAAGAUCCUGAUUCUGCUGGUGAUUCUGACAUGCUCGUUCUUUUUCUGGAUUUUAUUCACUUAUUGGAAAGACAGGUGGCUCACUGUUGGGCUGUCACUGCAGAUCUUUGCUCCCUACGUACACCUGAGCAGCAUAUCUGUGAUGGUUAUGCUUUCCUGGCCUGUGGCCUUCUACUUGAUCUAUUUGGAAGGAGAAGGUAGAAUCAGAAGAUACCAGAUGACGUGUUAUGAGAGAAAAAGAAACAAGAGGUGUAAUGUGCUCAUAAAGUUGAGAGCUCUACAAGUGGCUAUUGGAGUGCCCUUUUUUCUCAUCCUCUUGUGUCUCUAUUUGCUUCCAUUGGGGAUUUAUUCUCCCUGUAUUCAGGAGAAGGAUAAAUUGGGACCCAAGCCGAACUUCUUUGGACAUAGAGGUGCACCCAUGCUGGGGCCUGAGAAUACCAUGAUGGCCUUUGAGAAAGCUGUUGAACAUGGGGCCUUUGGGCUGGAAAGUGAUGUACAAAUGAGUUAUGAUCAUGUGCCUUUUCUCAUGCAUGACUCUGACCUGAGAAGAACAACCAAUAUCAAUGAGGUCCUGCCAAAUGCCUCUUUGACCCACCCUUCCUUAUUUGAUUGGGAUUUCCUGUCGACUCUGAAUGCAGGCAAAUGGUUUUCACAUCCACGGUUCAAACCAUUUUACAAAAUGAAGCCCCUAUCAGAGGCUGAUAGAGAAAAAGCAGGAAAUCAGAAGAUUCCAAAACUAACUGAAUUAUUGGAACUUGCACAGAAGGAAAAAAAAUUUGUGAUAUUUGAUCUUAAUGCCCCUGCACCAAGACAUUUUCACAGAAGCUCGUAUGUCCGCCAUGUAGUAAGCGUGAUCCUUGACUCUAAGAUUGAGCAACAUCUGAUUUUUUGGUUGCCUGGUUUUGAUAGGGAGUAUGUCAGGAAAAGAGCUCCUGGUUUUCAGCAAGUGGGCCAGUUAUUCUCCAUUGAACGCCUCACAAAAGAAAAUAUCAGUAGAAUAAAUGUUGACUACAAGAGAUUGUUCUACAGUGGAUUGAGAGAAUAUAAAGCAGUUAACAUCAACAUCAACUUAUACAUCGUCAAUGAACCUUGGCUUUUCUCACUGGCCUGGUGCUCCAGCAUUUACUCAGUGACCACAGACAACAUUCAGGUCCUGAAUGAGAUAAAUCACCCUUACUUCUUCAUGACACCAAGUUACUAUAAGUUCAUGUGGAUUCUCAUGGAUUGUGUUUCUGCAGUUUUCAUUGUUGCCAUAUUUUAUUUUCAUUGGUGGAGAGAGAGCCAAAAAGAAAAAUUACUCAAGAGCACCGGCAUUCACACAGAAUCUCAGAGUAUAAGCCUCCGAACUGGAAAAAGUGAGAAUCAAGAACCUUCACAUAUAUCCAUAGAUCCUCCCACCCGAGUUAUGGAAAUCCCUUGGAUUCAAGCAGCCCUCCACCCAACUUUAACCAAGAGUGUAAGGAAACACCCAGACCCUAGCUGUUUUUCAGUAGUCCCCAUGAAGAAAGCCAGCAAACCAGAGCAAGUCAGCAAAACCAUUAAGACACCAAUGCCUGGUAAGGAUGACGUUAGACAACCAGUGCCCACCAUGAAGGCCUUUGAACCCACCCAAGCACCCAUCUGGGAGUCGACCAGAGAGACCCCCUUGCAAACUUCAUUGUCUGCCAUAGAGACGAAUGAAACAAUUUCCUCCAUAGACAUCCCUCAUCCUGCAAAACAAAUUGAAAAGCCCCCCAGUAUUGAAUCUUCAGAAGAAUCCUCUUUUAUGUUUUCCACCACAUCCAGCCUGUCCUUCUCCUCCUUAGGGCUGUCUUCAGAGAAGCAUUAG